AUGUACGAAUCAAUUGAUACCACCAGUAACUUGGGUCACCAAAUACUCCAACGUGAAAAUAAUCUACAAUUUCGUGGAAGUUCACAUUCAUUUAAGUCUCGUCUGUAUCGAGAGCGCUUGAGGCUAGCCAGAAAUCUCUACAAAACCGAUCUCAAGGGACAUUUUGGUUGUGUCAAUGCCAUUGAGUUUUCACAUGGCGGGCAAUUUUUGGCAUCGGGUGGCGAUGACAAACGUGUUCUGGUAUGGGAUAUUGAAAAAUCAUUGGCCGGUACGGCUGGUCCUCGAGCCCUGGCAACAGAGCAAUCAAGUAAUAUAUUUUGCUUGGGUUUCGAUAGUAAAAAUCGUAAAUUGAUUUCCGGAGGAAAUGAUGCCUUAGCUAUUUCACAUGAUUUUGAAACUGGAAAGUUGGAUAAUGUUUUCAAACACGAUGAACCUGUCUAUGGCCUAUCGAUUGAUCCUCAAAAUGAUAGCAUUUUUGCCACAGCAUCGGAAAAUGGUUUUAUUUUGUUAUUCGAUCAACGCACAGAUCCUGAUGAUCCACUUGUGGUGGCCUCAUCCUCAUCAUCGUUUCAUGCUGUGGAAUUCCAUCCGAAUAUGAGUCAUCUUUUGGUCACCGCAAAUUCAAAAAAGGGUGCAGCUUUAUAUGAUAUACGUCAACCGAAAAAGCCCGUUAUACAAUAUGGACGUCAUGAUAAUUUUUGCAGUAGUAUGAGUGUUCGCUUCAAUCGCACCGGCAAUUUAAUUUUGGGUCUACGCCGACGUCUGACACCCAUUUUGUAUAGCAUCAAUUCACCGGAAAGGAUCUGUACUUUUUACAAUAGCUGUUAUUACAAUUCGUGCACCAUGAAAAGUUGCACUUUCGCAGGCGAAGAUGAUGAAUUGGUAAUAUCGGGUUCAGAUGAUUUUAAUUUGUAUGUAUGGCGUUUAUCGGAUAUUAAUUUGGAGUUUAUUGAACAAUGGGUGGAACCCUCACAAAUGGUUUUAUAUGGUCAUCGUUCAAUUGUCAACCAGGUACGCUAUAAUCGUCAGAAAUGUCUGUUGGCCUCAUCGGGUGUUGAAAAAAUCGUUAAGAUUUGGAGCCCUUUUGCCCAACACAACUGGACUGGCAGCCUAACAACCGAGGCGACUUGUUCCGAUAAUCCACGUGAAUUAUAUUCACCCUAUAACCUGUUCACCAUGGCUUUACCCGAAAAUUGGCAUCAUUUGUCACACGACUACAGCAGUGAAAACACCAAUGAAGAUCCCCGAAUGAUGGCAUUUUUUGACUCCCUGAUACAACAAGAAAUCGAAGGCUGGGAUACUGAAUCGAAUUUCGAUCGCGGAUCACGUUCCAGCUGCGAAAGUAGUUCUGGCAGUGAUAGUUCCAGCAGUAGCAGCAGCAGCAGUAGUAGUAGUUCAUCUUCCUCCAGCACAGCAUCACAGAGUAGUAGCAGUUUAUGGAGUAGUUCUUCAUCGGCCGACAGUGAUAGUGAUAAUGAAAAUAAUGCCUCAGCUGUACGUAACAUGCGGCGUUUACAACGUCAACAAGUAUUGCAAAGAAAAUCAUUAAGAAAUCAACAACAGCAGCAGAAUUCGCCGCGAAAUCGUAGCAGUAAACAAAAUAAAAAGUCGCGAAAACCGAAACCAAAAGUAAAAUUAAAUCAAAUACAAAAACCAGCAAAUCGUAUUGCUUACUUAAUAUCAAAGAAACGUAAUACAUUACGUCGUUUGGCAAUAAAAGGUGCCACCCAGAAUGGUCGGCGUCCACGUAAAUUGGUUGUGGUCGUUAAUGGACCACGGCAAUGGUGCGAAUGCGAAUACCAACAAUUCUAG